AGGAAAUUGAACUUUAUUCGACACAGAACAGUGUCCAACACUUUAAAGUCCAGGCGAACAAGGAAAAAUCGUCCAAGCCUAGUUUACAAAGACGCAGAUUCAGAGAACAAAGGGAAGAGGAAGAAGAAGCUGAGAAAUCAUGAUCUCUCAGUUCUUUGUGCUAUCCCAGCGAGGCGAUAAUAUUGUCUUUCGCGACUAUCGCGGUGAAGUACCAAAAGGAAGUGCAGAAAUAUUUUUCCGUAAAGUGAAGUUCUGGAAGGAGGAUGGACAAGAAGAGGCGCCGCCUGUCUUUAAUGUGGAUGGGGUGAACUAUUUUCACGUAAAGGUUGUUGGAUUAUUAUUUGUUGCAACCACAAGAGUUAAUGUGUCACCUUCUCUGGUCUUGGAACUCUUGCAAAGGAUUGCUCGUGUUAUCAAAGAUUACCUUGGAAUUCUCAAUGAAGAUUCCUUGCGGAAAAACUUUGUGCUCGUAUAUGAAUUGCUUGAUGAAGUGAUAGAUUUUGGCUAUGUACAAACCACGUCCACGGAAUUGUUGAAGUCCUAUGUUUUUAAUGAGCCAAUUGUGGUUGAUGCUGGCCGCUUGCAGCCUCUGAACCCUGCUGCUAUUUUUAUGCAAGGGACAAAAAGGAUGCCGGGUACAGCUGUAACAAAAUCUGUAGUGGCGAAUGAGCCUGGAGGUAGGAAGAGGGAGGAAAUAUUUGUGGAUAUAAUCGAGAAAAUCAGUGUCACAUUCAGCUCUAGUGGUUAUAUACUGACAUCUGAAAUUGAUGGCACCAUUCAAAUGAAGAGUUAUCUCACUGGAAAUCCAGAAAUUCGGUUAGCCCUUAAUGAAGACUUGAGCAUAGGAAGAGGCAGUGGAAGAUCAGUCUACGAUUAUAGGAGUUCAUAUGGGUCAGGAGCAGUGAUACUUGAUGAUUGUAAUUUUCAUGAAUCUGUACGUCUUGAUAGUUUUGAUCUGGAUAGAACAUUAACUCUGGUACCCCCAGAUGGUGAAUUUCCUGUCAUGAAUUAUCGUUUAACCCAGGAAUUCAAACCUCCUUUCCGCAUUAAUACUUUGAUUGAGGAAGCAGGAGCCGUCAAGGCUGAGGUGAUUCUUAAAAUAUCGGCCGAGUUCCCCUCAAGCAUUACUGCAAACACAAUUGCUGUACAGAUGCCGUUGCCAAAAUAUACUACCAGAGCUACUUUUGAGUUGGAACCUGGAGCAAUUGGGCAAACAACAGAUUUUAAGGAAGCAAAUAAGAGACUUGAAUGGGGACUAAAGAAGAUUGUUGGUGGAUCUGAACAUACAUUACGCGCAAAGCUGACAUUUUCACAGGAGUUGCAUGGGAAUAUCACGAAGGAGGCAGGACCCGUUAGCAUGACAUUCACAAUACCAAUGUACAAUGCUUCUAGGCUUCAGGUGAAAUACUUGCAGAUAGCAAAGAAGUCUAAUACCUAUAACCCUUAUCGAUGGGUGAGAUAUGUCACACAGGCCAAUUCUUAUGUUGCUCGAAUAUGAGAUGGCGGUCUUCCACCUACCUUUUUGUUAUUAUUUUUAUUUGCUUCAAUUUAUCGUUUUAUAAAUUACCAUAAUAAUAUACUUCAGUUUGAGCCUUGUAUUAGUAGCUUUGCUUUGCCAAUUAUUCUAACAUUUUUAAUGUUAUGUGCUACUGGAUUGUCAUUUGUUUAAGUUAGUACGUGAAAGAUGAAAAGAUCCCUUCUGGAA